GGGGGAAACCUCCAGGGACCUUGACCCUUUGCACAGAAAGUGAGAGAGAACCUGGGUCUUAAUUUCAGAGAAAUGUCAUUUGUCAUCAGCCCAGGAAAAGGAGACGUUCUCUCCAAAGACCACCACAGGCUUCCUGGGGUUGCCCCCUUUAGUGUUUGCUGGGAAGAUCUGAGUCACACACACAUACACACACACAGUCCUUGCUGUGGCCCAGAUGACAAGGGUCAGCCUCAUAAAGGAGGCACACUUAAUAUCACAUUUCUGUCCUCUUAUACUUCUGCAGCAUUAGAAACAGUUCCAGCUACUCCCCCUGUACAGUCACCUCUGAGAAACAGAACUCAGACCAUUUGAAUGUGCUGUACCUAAAAACCACUUUCACAUGCGUGCCCACUUCAUCUUUAGCCCCCCUCCCAAACCAGAUUAUUGCUAUUUGAUGAAUGAAGUGACUGGGGCUCAGAGAUGGCUUGGCCAAGGUGACUCAAUAGGGCAGAGAUGAGACUCAGAACUCUGGUUAUUCCAAAGUCUUUGUUACCACAGAUUCACUUCUUCAACUAGAGGAGUUCAUAAAUGAAGCAGAGACAGGGUGAGGAAGCGGUCUGGGUUCUUAAAGUAGAGGGGCAGUCUCCCCUGUAGGCCUUGAGCAGAGCCAGGGGUAUAUAGCCACACCCCCUUGGGGGACUGUGGCAGACUGAUACUUGGGACAUCCAAUGGAGGACUGAAGUCAGGGGCGGGGCUAGCUUGAGGGGGCAGCAGGAGCCCAACAGCACUAUAGAGCAUGCGGUGCCAGGAGGCAGCUCGAGGUGAGUGACUGCCUCCCCCCAGCUGAGGCUUUCUUCCUUUAUUCCCCUCUUUCUGUCCAUUCUUACCAACCUGUAUCUGUCACCCCCAAAGUGGUCAAGUAAUAAUUCUCCCUCCUUAAGGUGUCCUUACUUAGGGAAGGUCUGCACUGGGGACUAGGCCUGAAAGGUGCCAAGACACUUGGCUAUUUCUCUCUAUAUACUGGUCCCCAGUUUUCUGGGGAGCCUAUGUGGUGGUUGUCAGCUCUUAAUAGGCUUCACUUUUCGGCUUAUGGAAAACAAAAUCAAACCACCUCUUUAUUCUCAUUUUGAGAGCACAAAGCCUCCCCUUCUCCAGUCUCUGUUUCCUUUUUCCUGUGUCCUCAGGCGUCAAAGCCUUCUCUAAAACUCCUCUCUUGGACUUUUGCUUUCUCCACUCAUUGGAUGGGAAUCUUUGGUCUCUUCCAGUUUCUUCUCUGAGGAGGUGUUCUAGAAGCUUCAGUUUCAAAGAGAUGAUGGAGUGAUGCCCUAGAGUCUGCUCUCCUGCCGUGACCUGGCCUGUUGUCUGCCCGGGCUCCACGUUGGGGGAGGACCCACUAGCUUCUUUUUAAGCCCUCCCAUGAAGCUUGCUCCAUUCUUAAAUACCAGGUUUUGUGUGGAAUGAGGAAAGCCCAGCCUGCUCAGAGGUCUUUCUCUGCCAAAGGACCUGGAGAAGCAGAACCAUCCUUUAAGACCCAGGUCACUGCCUAGACUGUCUUAAACCCACUCCUUGAGACUUUGUUAAACCGCCUGGCUCUUGCUCUAAGUCCUGAAUUUCACCAAAUUUGCCUUGUCUCACUACCACACCCUACAGCUGGCUCUUGGGUUAGUUUAUUUGCUUCAUUCAGGAUCGACAGCUCCAGUCUAGACCCGGCAACCCACUCUUUCUCCCACUCUCUCCAGGCUGGAGAAUAUGUGGUUUCUUCCUCCCCAUUGUGCCAUGAACCCUCGACCUUGGCCUUUUGCUCAGAGCCUCUGAAACUGGUAGCCUGGCAAGGAGCAAUGCCCCUGACUCCCACAAGACUAAUCAGCCCCUAUGGCUCUGAUCGCUUGGUACAGUUAGCAGCCAGGCUCCGGCCAGCACUGUGUGAUACUCUGAUCACUGUAGGGGGCCAAGAGUUCCCUGCCCACAGUCUGGUGCUAGCUGGUGCCAGCCAGCAGCUGGGCUGCAGGGGCCGGUGGGCUCUGGUAGAAGGCAUAAGCCCUUCUACCUUUGCCCAGCUUCUGACCUUUGUGUAUGGAGAAUGUGUAGAGCUGCAGCCUGAGGAACUGGGGACCCUAGAAGAGGCUGCCAGAGUCUUGGGGGUGCAGGCCCUGGAAGAGGCAUGCCGGAGGGCUCGAAGGGACAAGGAUGACGCUGAGCUGCACUCAAUUCUAAAGAAGCAUCAAGAGCUAGAAAAACCUAUGAGGGGUUCUGAGAGAGGACUGGGGAGCCUUGGAGAGAAGAUGCCCAAGAAGGACUUCAGAACUAGUGGGAGGGAACAGGAGAGGCUACAUGAAGAGAGUCCUGGGAUUACAGGGGUAAGGAGGAAGAUGAGGUUAGAGGAGAAACUCAGCCCAGCUCCUGUUGACCUCAAGAGAGCAGAAGGGAAGCAAGGAGAGGUCAUACAAGGUAUAGAGAGCCCCAAGGGCUCUGAGGAAAGUCUGUGGAGGUUCCCUGGUCCCCUCCCCACAGCAGGUUACCUCCAAACUAGCCUCAUUCCCAGGCCCUGGUGGGCUGAGGCCCCUUGGAUGGGGGAAGGCCAACCUGCCCUGUGGAGCAUCCUGUUGUGGCCGCCCAGAUAUGGCACCCCCUUCUCCCACAGCACCCCCAUCACUGCAGCCUGGGAGGUCUGGCCUCAGGACCAGAGGAUCCCACUGGCCUUCAACCACCCCAAAGGGCUCUGGAGUCAGAACCAGUUGGCCUCCUCCAGCCCUACCCCAGGAUCCCUCCCCCAGGGUCCUUCACAACUCAGCCAGUGGGAGACAGAAGAGCCUGGGCAAGGCCACACAGGCGCCCUGGCAACCUGUGUGAGUCAAGAGGGUACACCCGGCCGCCCAUCUCGCCAGCUCUCUCCCUUUCCCCCUCCUGCUCGCUCUCGGCCCUAUUCUUGCUCUGUCUGUGGAAAGAGGUUUUCACUCAAGCAUCAGAUGGAGACGCAUUACCGAGUCCACACAGGAGAGAAGCCCUUCUCCUGUGGCCUCUGUCCUCAGCGCUCCCGGGACUUCUCCGCCAUGACCAAGCACCUGAGGACGCACGGGGCCGCUCCCUACCGCUGCCCUCUGUGCCGGGCAGGCUGCCCCAGCCUGGCCUCCAUGCAGGCGCACAUGCGCGGCCACUCGCCCAGCCAGCUGCCGCCCGGAUGGACCAUACGCUCCACCUUCCUCUACUCUUCCUCGAGGCCCACGAGAGCCUCGACCUCUCCCGGGAGUCCCACCUCCUCCUCCACCACCUGACCGGGUGUUGAUAGCUCCUCUGCCUUGUCAAAAGUCCAGUCAAAUGAUGUAGGGCAAGCGGGCUCGGUCCCUGAGCCAGCCGCGCCGCCGCUCGGGGGGCCUGGCGAACUGGACUGCAGGAGGCUGAAGAACAGGCGCCAAGAGCCCUUCCCUCUCCGGAUGAUCGAGGGCUGCAGAAGUAAGAACACUCAAGUUUGAAGUCUGUGCGACUUAAGACUAACUGGGGACUAUUCAACUGCAUCACCAUAAUAAAGAGUUUUCUGUGCUAUAAGGAUGAGAAAGCCGUCUAGACUUCACUCGAUCGCGCUGAGGGGUCCCCCAUCCUGCCCCUGGUCCUGUAGCGGCCCCUGGUGGCCAUUCACUCUCUAACCAGAGGGCCGGACACUUCAUUUCCAGGAAUUCCCUGUAUUCCCCGGAGGCAGCCGGCUGCAAAGGCUCGGUGUCCGGGCGAACUUCAUCACCCACAGGGAGGAUGGGGCCCCAAGACACCAGUCCCUCCCGGAGCAAUCUCCUCGCGGGGACUCUAGUUUGCAUGCGCCCAGCCCAGGCUGGAGAGGAGCGCAGGCUCGGAUCCUGGUUUCGGCUGCUGCCUCCUCUUCCCGAGCACAAGGGUAGCGAGACUAGCUCUCUCGCAUCUCCCUUCUGCGCCGUGCAGUGCUGCUACCGGGUUGCACCUGGAACCGCGACUAACCAAGCGACGCCGUGCGUUCUCUCCAGCCCACGCCUCUCACACUCCCUAACUUCGUUUGCCGGUGUCGCUCGGGUUCCCAGGGUCGGAAGACCGCGGUACUCUGGGAAUGGUAGUCCAGGCUGGCCGCCGCUGGUUCGGACUAGAACAAUGGGAGGAGUCUGAGUCGAGGACCACACCUCCCCGAGACCAGGAACUGGCUUUCCGGGUGCUUGUUGCGGACCUCGUAGUCCCAGUUCUCGCGCCCUAGUUGUGGGCGGAAGGAACCGGGCGUCUGGACUACAUUUCCCAGGGAACCUUGCGCCUUCCCUGUCCGGCCGAGACGCAGGGUCUGCACUUCAGGUGCGGUCUGAGGGUGACGGCCGACGGGCCUCGGACUCCUGCUCCCGUGGUGCCCCGCGCGUGGCCGGCCCACCGCCAGCUGCCGCCCGCCCCGCGGCGGCGCUGUUUGUUGUCGUGAGCCGCAGC